AUGGCGGAAAGCGAGCUGGCUCCCAAAUUCGCGCCCUUCUUCUCCUUUGCUGGAAUAGCAUCUGCAAUGAUCUUCGGAUCGUUGGGUGCGGCGUAUGGAACAGCAAAGUCAGGCAUCGGUAUCUCCGGUGUAGGAACCUUUCGACCGGAUUUGAUCAUGAAGUCCUUGAUUCCAGUCGUCAUGUCGGGUAUCAUCGCAGUGUACGGUCUUGUCAUUGCGGUGCUCAUUGCGGGAGAUAUGGCACCCCCUCCGACACAAAACAUGAGCUUGUAUACAGGCUUCAUGCACCUUGCUUCGGGGUUAUCGGUUGGCCUCGCGGGCCUGGCAGCCGGUUACACAAUUGGAAUUGUCGGUGAUGCGGGCGUACGUGCUUACAUGCAACAAUCCCGGGUCUAUGUAGGAAUGAUCCUUAUUCUGAUCUUCGGCGAAGUACUUGGUCUUUACGGUCUAAUUGUUGGUCUCAUCCUCAACUCGAAGAGUAAAUAA